AUGGAGGGAAUCGAGGAAAACAUUUUGGAUAAGCUGUCAAUGCCACAUUUGUUGCAAAUACGUUUCCCAUUGAAGCUUUGGCAACUCCUGAAUAGUUGUGAUAGUGGAGCGAUUUCAUGGAGCAUCGACGGAAACUCUUUCAUCAUAAAUAGGAGAAUAUUUCAGACAGAGUUUUUAAGUAGAAAACGGAAUACAUUCAAGACUCAAAACAUAAACAGUCUGGUACGUCAGUUAAAUUUGUAUGGUUUUCAAAAAGUUCAAAGACGUCCGUUUGCGGGAAUAUCUCGGAAACACUGGCCUGACCUACUGGAGUACCGUCAUAACUUCUUCCGGAAAGGUCAUCCUGAACUUCUGAACAACGUCCAGCGGCGAUCAAAGGACGACGAUGAAGACCAAAUUGCCAGCAGCAACCUUUCCCGAUAUCAGACCCAAGAAUCCCUGUCUAACACAAAAUGUUCACAGAACCAGGAUGAAAUUUAUGUUUCCGCUUCAAAAGAAGAAGAGCAAUUUGGCACACAGGCGACCGCCUUCUGUACACAAGGUAAUACACAGUGCCAGCCAAUGAAGCUUCCAUUGAAACGUGUGAAAAAGUUGUAUCCAAGAAAUAUAUUGCAGACCUUACCAUUACAGAGCCAAACGGGCGUUUUCCAGUUCCCUAUAACUGUGCCGAAUGAUUCUUCCCAGUCCUUUCCUAUACCAUUGAAGAUAUGUUCUACACAGAAAGUUGCUUUGAGUCAAAACUUAGACGUCGCAAAACAGGACACAAAUUUUCAAGUCAUGACAAAUGUGGACGGGAAGCUGUAUGUUCAAGGAAACCUUGUACAGCCCGUGGCAUCUCCAUUAACAAUACAAGUUUUGGCAAAUGGCUCUCAGACCCUUCAGACAGCUCCAUUACAGGUAAAUGGCGUUCAGCAUCUCCAAAUUGCUGCCUUUCGGAAAACUGGCGUUCAAUACCCCCAAACAGCUUCUUUAACAGAACCUGGCGUUCAGAACUUCCAGACAGAUCCUUUACAGGAUCCUGGUGUUCAGACCUUCCAUUUAACUGCCUUACAGUAUCCUGGUGUUCAAACCAUCCAAACGGCUUCCUUACAGGAUCCUGGUGUUCAGACCAUCCAAACGGCUUCCUUACAGGAUCCUGGUGUUCAGACCAUCCAAACGGCUUCCUUACAGGAUCCUGGUGUUCAGACAAUCCAAACGGCUUCCUCACAGGAUCCUGGUGUUCAAACCAUCCAAACGACUUCCUUACAGGAUCCUGGUGUUCAAACCAUCCAAACGGCUUCCUUACAGGAUCCAGGUGUUCAAACCAUCCAAACGGCUUCCUUACAGGAUCCUGGUGUUCAGACCAUCCAAACAACUCCCUUACAGGAACCUAGUGUUGAGAUCAUCCAAACAGCUCCCUUACAGGAAACUGGCGUUCAGACCAUCCAAACAGCUCCCUUACAGGAACUUGGCAUUCAAACCAUCCAAACAUCUCCCUCAAAGGAACCUGCCUUUCAGUCCAUCCAAACGGCUCCGUUACAGGAACCUGGUGUUCUGAAUCUUCAGGGAGAGACCAUUCAGACUCUACAAUGGGAACGUAUUUCUGGCCAGAACUUGUACAUCCUUAAGUCGGACAACUCACAUGACAUUCAGAAUAUGAAGUUAGAUUACUUAAAAGGACAUAACAUUCAGAAUUUCCAGGAGGAAAGCUCCCAGGGAAAUGAUGUUCCGACUGUCCAAACAGAAAAUCAGAAUUUCCAGACGGCCAACGUUAAUAGACAAGACGUUCUUCUGAUGGAGCACUUCCAGCAUGAGAAUAGCACCAUAUGCUAUCCGGAGUCGGACAUAUCCCCCGAGGUCAGGACGGGAGAUGAAACUGUCAUCAUUCCAGUGUCUGAUUAA